UUUUUAAAUCCCACAGCGGCCGGGGCGAGAAACAACGGCUCAGUCAGUGUGUCUGUGUCCGGGAUCUUAUACGGCUUAUUUUCGUUCUUUUCAGGCAGAGAACGCCAUGAGGGAGAUCAUCCACGUACAGAUAGGACAGUGUGGUAAUCAGAUUGGGACAAAGUUCUGGGAGAUAAUCAGCGAUGAGCACGGCAUUCAGCCUGAUGGACAGUAUGCGGGAGAGAGUCCAGAGUUGCGAGAAGUACAACUGGAACGGGUGAAUGUGUACUUCGACGAGGGAACAAAAGGAAAAUAUGUUCCUCGUUCUGUAUUGGUGGAUCUUGAACCUGGUACAAUAGAAGCUGCUAAAUCUGGUCCCUAUGGCGCAUUAUACAAGCCUGAUAGUUUUGUUUAUGGUCAAGGGGGAGCUGGCAACAACUGGGCCAAAGGACACUACACUGAGGGAGCAGAACUUGUAGAAUCUGUCUUGGAUGUUAUUCGUAAGCAAGCUGAAAGUGCAGACUGUCUGCAGGGCUUCCAGAUGGCUCAUUCCCUUGGUGGAGGUACUGGCUCAGGCCUUGGUACGCUGUUGGUGUCAAAAAUACAUGAGGAUUAUCCAGAUCGUAUUAUGACAACUAUUUCUGUCAUGCCAUCCCCCAAGGUUUCAGACACCGUUGUGGAACCAUAUAAUGCAACUCUUUCAACACAUCAACUAUUGGAAAACUCAGAUGAAACUUUCUGUAUAGAUAAUGAAGCUCUUUAUGAUAUUUGCUUCAAGACCCUGAAACUUCAAAAUCCAAGUUAUGGUGACCUUAACCACUUGGUUUCCCUUAGCAUGUCUGGGUUUACCACUUGUCUCCGUUUCCCUGGCCAGCUUAAUGCAGACCUCAGAAAGCUUGCAGUAAACAUGGUGCCCUUCCCCCGUCUUCAUUUUUUCAUGCCAGGAUUCGUUCCUCUCACUCCACGGGGUUCGCAAAGCUACAGAGCCCUUACAGUGCCUGAGCUGACCCUGCAGAUGUUUGAUGCCAAGAAUAUGAUGGCAGCUUGUGAUCCCAGACAUGGACGGUACCUUACUGUUGCCUCCAUCUUCAGAGGCAGGGUGUCUAUGAAGGAAAUAGAUGAACAGAUGUACAAUAUACAAAACAAAAACUCCUCUUUCUUUAUUGAGUGGAUUCCCCACAAUGUAAAGACAGCAGUAUGUGAUAUAGCCCCUCGUGGCCUCAAGAUGUCGGCUACCUUCAUUGGAAACACAACUGCUAUUCAGGACCUGUUCAGGAGGGUGUGUGAACAAUUUUCGGCAAUGUUCAAGAGGAGAGCUUUCCUCCACUGGUACACUACUGAGGGUAUGGAUGAAAUAGAGUUUACUGAGGCAGAAUCCAACAUGACAGAUUUAAUUGCUGAGUACCAGCAGUACCAAGAAGCAACUGCUGAAGAGGAUUCUUUUGGUGAAGACCAAUACGAAGAACAGGCAUAUGUUGCUUAGGCUGCCCUGGAGACUUCUAUAUUUAAUCUUAUUCAUAUAUGAAUAGCUCAUUACUAUGAUUUAUGUAUGUUUUAUUCACAAUAAAGUAAUUACUCUAUA